AUGAAGUGUGAAGAUGAUCUGCCUAACAGCCUGAAAGGUAUAACUGAAAAAGCACCUGAAUAUGGGCUAGAAGGUGGAGUCGAUGUUCGAUACCUUCAGUGGUUAAAUGGGAGGUUGAGGUUCCAGUGGCGGAGUUUGCAUGCUCAGCACCAAGAGCAAUGCAAACUUUUGUACAAGAUCCAUUUAUUCACUAGUGGCUCCCAUAUGGACCAGAUCCUUGGACAUUUUUCUGUCACAGAAACAGAUCUUGUUAGACAACCGGAGAACUACAAGCAGCUAUUACAGCUUCUGGAGUCUGAAACCAUGCAACUAGAAGCCUUUCUGGAGUGGAAGCAACUGGAACCAGUUUAUUGGCAGUGGAUGGAAACUGUGUUAGAUAAUAUGGCUGAAGAGGAAAAUACGUGUGAGUCCCAGGAUGCUCAUGUAGAGGGAAGUGGGCUGCCAAAGGUGACCUUGUGCUGCCCCUGGGCUGACAGUCUAAGUGGGCAAAUUGACAAAUUAUCCAGAGACCUAAUGGCGCUCCGUGACCAACUACAUAAGCUUGUAACUCACCGAAAGGCUGCAUGGUGUGAGAAGGUGAAAGCAAGAGAGGAAGAGCUACAGAAGGAGGGGUUCUCUGCCACUGCUAGAAAGAUACAGGAGAGUGUUGAACUAAAACUGUUAGAUCUUACAUACCUUUGUGCUUCCCCCCAAAAAAGAAUGCACGGUUCAUGCAGACUAGUGUUCAGAAGCAAACAUCCUGCCAGCAAAAUGGUCUUUGGUAGGUCUGUAUCCAAGGAGUCUGUUUCAGCUGUCAGUGCUACAGAGGUGAUCAGAGAACUCCAGAUGAGAGAGGCCAGCCUGGAGAGAGAGCUGAAGCAACUGCAGGAAGAGUGCAGACAGAGGCUGGAUGAAGUUGCAGAAGGGUUGGAUGGAGUGAUUUGUAUCUCCCCUUGA